UGUAGCUAAAAAUAUAAUUUGUCAGUUACUUCAAAACAUGUUGAAUGAGGAACAUAGACACAAGGGACAUGGUGUCAUAAACACGACAUUAUAAAAUGAAGAAAGUAGACUAAACACUUAUUUUCUCUUGAAGUGUAAUUAAGUUUAAAUGUGAAGUGAAAUAUCACCAAACUACUACAGACACAUGGUUUUCAGAAUUAGUAUGUAUUUGUGGAAAUUCUGUUUUAUAGCCCAUGCAUGUUUGUCUCUUGUUUGUGGGGUUUAGGCAACGCAUGGAACGAGAACUGGCAGUAAGACAAGAAGAGAGUAGAAAGAAGGAAGUGGAAAGAUUUAAAGCACAUGUUACACGUUGUAAACACGCAUGGCAAGCUCUUAACUACAGCACAGAGGAGGACCUGGCUAUGCGAAUUCAAGCUCGGCGUGAAGAAGAAAGAAUUCGUAGAGAAGAAUAUCAGGAAGACAUGCAACUUAUGCUCAGUAGAGUCGAGAAAAUACCAACACUGUUUGAGAGACAAUCACAGAAGUUUACCAAGACAAUUAUGAGGACACU